CCUCGGAGAAAUCAGAAUCGGCGGGAAAGUCUGCUAGCGUUGUGUUGUACAGGUACGGUAAAAUCUGUAAUCACACGACUUCAAAAUGGCGAAUGUAAGAGACAGUGAUACGUCGUUGUGGCUUCAUAAUAAGCUAGGAACGUCAAACGAUAGCUGGACUGGUAGUUCUAUUUGUUCACAACUGAACGCUGAAGUAUUAAGGAACAUAAAAGAUUGCUUUCCUGAUUUACAAACCCAAGUGAAACUCAAAUUAUUGCUCUCAUUCUUUCACCUGCAAAGGCGCAAUGUCGAAGAGUGGCGUGUUGAAUUGGAAGAGAUCAUUGAGGUGGCAUCACUGGACAGCGAGUUAUGGGUAUCGAUGUUAUCCGAAGCAAUGAAAACCUUCCCAUCAACUGGUUCUUUGAACACAGACAUUUCAGACCUUGAUGAACAUCGUCCGAUAUUUGGAGAACUAGUGAAUGACCUUAGAAAGCUCGUUAAAAAGCAAAAUGAUGCUUCCAUGCUUCCACUUGAAUGUCAUUAUCUGAAUAAAACUGCACUAGCCUCAGUAGUUGGACAGCAACCGGCACCAGUUAAACAUUUCACUCUCAAAAGAAAACCUAAAAGUGCCGCACUCCGCGCUGAGUUAUUACAAAAGAGUGCUGAUGCAGCUAGUAAUUUAAAAAAAAGUACAGCUCCUACUGUACCUGUACGAAGUCGUGGUAUGCCCAGAAAGAUGACAGAUACAACUCCAUUGAAGGGAAUACCAAGCAGAGUUCCGACGAGUGGCUUCCGUUCACCUUCUUUGACUAGUCCGUCAAUGUCUAAUCGUACGCCUAUAGGAAGUCGAAUUCGUAAAGAUGGUGGAAUAAAACUACUUGAUAUAAAUGAGCAACCUCUAGGCUACGCGCAAGCUAAAAAACGAAAACGUAUGCUUGAAUUGGAAGAGCAACAAAAGAAGGCUGCAGAAGCUCAAGCAGCUGCUGCUGCUGCAGCAACGACAGCACCAGCUGUACCAGAAACGCCUACAACUCCAGAAUACGCCCAAGGAUUGGCUCCUCUAAAUCCACCGGCUACUCCUGUUGCAUCUACACAGACUUAUGCUACACCUGGUAGUACACCUUCCACUGUUGUGGCAACUGGUACUGCACAAGCUCUUUCAACCCCUGUAACGCCAACAGCACCAAACUCUGUGUUGCCGGUGGUUAAUACAGCACCUUCAGCUAUAAUCGAAACAACGCCUGUCAAUGUACAAAGUGUCAGACCAACUCAAACUGUCACACAAAUUCGAAUUCAGACUACAGCACCACCUGCUAAUGCUGCUGCCAACACUCGAAAAGGCUUAACACUUACGAGAGACCAAAUGCUUGAAGCCCAAGACUUAUUCCGAGGUACAAAUAAAGUUACGAGACCAGAAAAAGCAGUCAUACUUGGUUUUAUGGCUGGUUCGAGAGACAAUCCUUGUCCGAAGCUGGGUAAUAUAGUAACAGUGAUGCUGUCGGAGAAUAUAGAGGAAGUGACGCAGCCCGAUGGUAGUACAGUUUCUAUGCUCGUUGAGACACAUUUCCAGAUGAAUUACACAAAUGGUGAAUGGAAACGGAUAAAAAAAAAUCGACGAAUCGUUACUGAAGAACCUGUUCCAGCAGCAACACAUGCGCCUACUGCAACAGCUACAGCUUCUAAUUAGAAUCUUAUGCAUAACCAAAUUGUUCAUUGAAUGAUUUCUGGGCAGUGAAUUUUUCUAACUCCAUCUUGCAAACAUCAACAAGUAAAUGACUGGCUUAAUAUAAUGAUUGUAUAAAUCUAAUAUAAAUAAACUGUAAAUAUGUCUCUGUGCCUGACAGGAAACUAUCUUUCCUGAAUAAAACAAAAAAAUAAAUAGAUAAAACUAAACAAAAAUAUCUAAUUAAUCAAUAGAAUGCUUAUAAAUCAAGUCUAACGUGCAUAUUAUUGGGAAAAAAUCUGACAUACAAUUUAUUUAACUAUUUCUACGAAACAGAACAUUACCUCCCGAUUUGAAAUUGUUUUUCUUCCUUUGUAGCAUUGAAAUAUAAAGAUGUAAACAUGUUUUUAGCAGAAAUUAUCAUAAACA